AUGUUUUUAACCCGAAGUGAAUACGAUAGAGGUGUAUCCACCUUUUCACCAGAAGGAAGACUUUUCCAAGUCGAGUAUUCCCUCGAAGCGAUCAAAUUAGGUUCAACCGCAAUUGGUAUUCAAACAAGUGAAGGUGUUAUAUUAGGCGUCGAGAAGCGUGUUACUUCUUCCCUACUUGAAUCCUCCUCUAUUGAAAAGAUUGUUGAAAUAGAUCAUCAUAUAGGAUGUGCAAUGAGUGGUUUGACUGCUGAUGCAAGAUCAUUGAUAGACCAUGCUCGUGUGUCGAGUUUGACCCACGACUUGUACUAUGAUGAAAACAUUGGUGUUGAGAGUUUAACACAAAGUGUCUGUGAUUUAUCAUUGAGAUUUGGAGAAGGUGCUGAUGGUGAAAAGAGAUUAAUGUCGAGACCGUUUGGUGUUGCUUUAUUGAUUGCUGGCUUUGAUAAACAAAAGGGGCCACAAUUAUACCAUGCAGAGCCAUCGGGUACAUUUUACAGAUACGAUGCCAAGGCAAUUGGAUCAGGAAGUGAGGGUGCUCAAGCCGAAUUGAACAACGAAUAUCACAAGAGUUUGAGCUUAAAAGAUGCUGAAUUGUUGGCAUUGAAGAUUUUAAAACAGGUUAUGGAAGAGAAAUUGGAUUGCAAGAAUGCACAAUUGGCAAGUGUUACUGAAUCAGAAGGAUUCAAGAUAUAUAGUGAUGAGAAAACGGAUGCAAUCAUAAAAGAGUUGAAUGAGCAAGCUACUGAUGAAGAUACAUUGAUGAGCUAG